AUGGCAGCAGAUUUUUCUCAGACUGAAUGUCAAGUUUUGAGUGGAGUUGAGCAAAGGGAUGAAGCUUAUCAGCAAAUAUUACAGGAACAACAAGAACGCCAGUUAGAGCUGAUUCGUCAGAAAAAAGGAGAGUUGCUACGUCUUAGCAGGAUUAUGAAGCUUCGAUCAUCAGGUAUUGAGGGAUCAAUACAGGUUUUUGGUACAGGAUAUGCAGGAUAUGGAAAUGGAUGGACAGGACUGAAACCUCGUAUGUUAUACCCUCACGAACAUAGAAAUAUGAAAAGUAGGGUGAAUCGGUUUAGGAUUCCCAAGGAAAUUAUGUUGAUUCAGUCUCAGCGUCCAGAGUUAUUAGUUCCUGUACGUAUUGAGGUUGAUUCAGAUCGGCAUCGUUUGCGGGAUACUUUUACAUGGAAUCUUCAUGAAGUGUCUAUUUCUCCAGAGCAAUUUGCGGAGGUUUUGUGUGAGGACUUUAGUUUGCCACCUCAACCAUAUUUUGCUACUUCUAUUGCGAAAUGUAUUACAGAUCAAUUGAGUGAAUAUCAUCACCAUCAUAUUUUAGACGAUUCUGUGCAUAAUUCGGAACUUUCGAGUACAUUUUUGGCAUCAGAACAGCCUUAUACAGCGUAUAAAGAUGAUGAUAUGCGGAUUCAAGUUAAGUUAGAUAUUAUUAUUGCUCAAUACAAUUUAGUAGAUACGUUUGAAUGGGAUAUUAAUAAUCCAUAUAAUGAUCCGGAGGUUUUUGCCGAAAGAAUGUGUCAUGAACUUGCUUUAAUUGGUGAAUUUAAAACGGCAAUUGCUCAUUCGAUUCGAGAGCAAGCACAAAUGUAUACGAAAUCGUUGUUUCUUGUUGGAUAUCCUUUUGAUGGUGGGCCUAUUGAGGAUGAAGAUAUUAAGACAGCAAUACUUCCUACAGUUUCAUCUAUAUUGCGUCCCGCAGAGGCAUUGAAUGAAUAUUCGCCUGUUUUGUAUGAGCUUUCGGAAUCCGAAGUAGAGAAACAGAAUAAAGAAAAUGAGAGAGAUGCACGUCGUAAGAGACGUCAGAUUCGUGCCCGUCGAGGUAUACAGCUUCCAGAGUUUAAUGAACGGCUUAAGACUCAACGUACGCCAAUUACGCAUAGUAUUUUGGUUCCAGAAAAUUUUCAUAUUGAUCAAUAUGGAAUUAAUAAAGUGCCAAUUCCUGGUUUGAAUGAUGAUGAUGACUUGGAAAAAAUGUUGAAUGAGAGACAACGAACACCACCACUACCACCUCGUGAUAUACGAAUGAAAACACCAGUUCAACAUUACGCAUUUUCGCCUUCAAUGAGUCCUUCAGCCUCUCGUUAUAUUUUAAAAUUUAAGAUACCUCGUUUAAAGGAAUUUUUGGCAACUAUCUCUGACAUAAAAUCCCAUUCAUCCCCACCUAGCGGCUUGGUUUCUCCGUCUCUUCCUCUUCCUUCAUGGCUUGCUGUUGCGUUAGAUGCACUUCGUCAACGUUAUCCUCAUGAUCGUUUUGAAGGCUUUGUCCGACAGGGAAAUAGUACCACUGAGACGAUUGUACGUAUUCGUUGCAAUGAUUGUCCUGGAAAAUUAUACAUUCCUGGGCCUGCUUUAACUGUUGAAAAUUUUGAAAUUCAUUUGAAGAACCGUAGUCAUCGUAUUCGAGUAGAAGAAAGACUACGGAUGAGUUCUUCAUGA